AUGUACCCCCUUGUCUAUGGAACGUCAAACUUCUUCCAGGAAGAAGUGGUCGGCGUAUCUGACGCCAUUGAAGCGUGGGCUGGAAAGGGCGAGAUAGCUCGACCUGCACGCCAAAGCGGAGUCCCUGAUCCUAGACGGUCGUAUAAUAUAGGUGGCGAUGGCGUUCCUAUGGAAUACUGGUCUGAUAAGUAUCAAUGGCUGCCUGCGACCUUGGCUUUCCAGGAAGACGGGACUGUGACGUUCACGAGUUACAUCAAUAACCUGCACCCAAAGAAAUACCCUAGCAUCUACCGCAUGAUAGAGAAGCUUAUUGACAUAGCUAUUCCUGCCUGA